AUGCUAAUAAAGUCACCUUGUUUUGAUCUCAUCCACGUUUUUCGUAACUCAUCGAGAAACUCUGCUCCUUAUCUACCUGCUUUGAUUAAACAGAUUCAAGGUGAAAUCGGUCCUCCACGCAUUGAGGAAGAUGAAGAAUUAGAAGAAGACGUCGGUCUUUCUCCCAGUCGUUUGGGCGAGCUCAAAGCUGAACAAGAAGCAAAAACGCAUGCUCAGUUGCUUACUCUAAUCGGCGAUUUGCCCGAUCCGAAUGUGAAACCGCCUGACAAUGUGUUGUUUGUAUGUCGUUUGAAUCCGGUCACACGAUCCGAGGAUUUGGAGAUCAUAUUCAGUCGUUUCGGGGAGAUCAAGUCUUGCGAGGUCAUUCGUGACAAACGAACCGGUGCCUCACUUCAGUACGCGUUCAUUGAAUUUGAGAACGAAUCGGACUGUGAGAACGCAUUUUUCAAGAUGGACAAAGUUGUUAUUGAUGAUCGGCGUAUUCACGUAGACUUCAGUCAGUCUGUGGCAAAAGAGUGGCAACGGUUUCGUGCACAGAAAGAACACGCCAAACCGGGUCGUGAACCGAUCUCCGAUCUACCCGCACCGCACCAGACUCGUAAGGCAAGAUCUUCACCAUCUAGAUCUUCUAAACAUCAUCACUCUAGUCAAUCAGAUCGUCACCGAUCACCACAG